UGAAUUUACUCGUUGAAAAACAACAUAUGUAAACACUAUUUUAGAACAGACAAGAUGCCUCUUAUUGUGAAAGAUUAUUCAUGGGAGCAAACUGACAAAGUUCUUUUUAUAACUGUUCCUUUGAAGGGGGUUAAAGCAAGCAAGGUCGACAUAUUUUCUUCAGAGGAAUACUUGAAGAUCAGCUACCCUCCCUACCUGUUUGAAUGUUUCCUGUAUGCACCUGUGCGGGACACAGACAGUGUGGCCCAGGUAGGAAAUGGUGCUGUCAUCUUUAAACUGCUGAAACAAGAUGCCGACAAAUGGCCUCAACUGCAGUCGGACAUUAUAGGUGAUAAAGAAGCCAUGAAGAUGAAGAGAGAAGAAUCUUUUGCUAAGGCUGAAGAGAGAGCAAAGGUUGAGAAAAAGAUGAAGGAUGAAGUGAAACGAGAAAAUGAACAGUAUGCUCUGAAAGAAAUCAUGAAGGCAGAGGAAGCUGAGAGAGCUCGAGUAGAGGAGGCAAAAGAGUCAGAGCGACGGAAGGCCACAGAGGAGCUGGAGAAUUGGAAAGAGGAACAAAGGCAGGCAGCAGAAUUGGAGAAGCAGAGAUUACUUGAGGAGCGGCGAAAGGAAGAGGCUUUGGAAAGGGAGAGAAGAAAGGUGGUUGAGAGGCAGCAGCGCAGACAAACACGAGGCAAGAAGGCAAGCAUAUUUGAGGAGAAUGCAGAGGGCGCCCCGCGUCGACAGGUGGGGAAGAUCGAGGUCUCAUUCACAGAGCGCGCAUUUCCAACACCUGAGAGGGAGUCUUGCCGGCCCCUAGAAGAUGAGUGGUUGAAAAAGCAGGCAGAGGCACGCAGGAUUGUGGAGCUUGAGGACGAGAACCUGACAGAGGAGGAACGUAACCCAGUCUGGCUCCGGGACAAGGGAAAUGAGUUCUUCAAGGCUGGCAAUUUUGAGGCAGCAGUGAAUGUCUACACCCAUGCCAUCAGACUGAGUCCAAUCCUGUACUCAUGUUACUCAAACAGGGCAGCUUGCCAUCUGAAGAUGAGGAAUUUCUUCAAAAGUAUAGAAGAUUCUUCAAAGGCACUGGAGUUGUUGGUGCCUGCAGUGCAGCAGAAUGCAGACAGCCGUCUGAAGUGCCAUGUACGGCGGGGCACAUCUUUCUGUGAACUGGAGAUGUAUGUGGAAGGUCUGCUGGACUAUGAGGCUGCCGUCAAGAUUGACCCCAACAAUGAGCAGCUGAAGGCAGAUGCGGAGAACAUCAGACACAUCAUACAAACGGAGACGGUCAGCUGAGAGACACCUAGAUUGAAUCUUACAAUAUCAUACUUGUGAUGGCUGUGUUUAAAUGCAAGGAAUGCAUGUCUUUUUUUGUCUUCCAAGUAUGCAUGUUAAAUAAACAACAUGACUGAAAGUCAUUCAUAUUUGUAUGUGUUCAAAUCCUAGCAUUCAUCAUUUUAAAAAAGUCCUGUAAUAUUGUAAAUGUAGGAAUAGGUUUAUUAUUCAACUUGAUCAAGUUUAACUUGAAAUAAGAUGUCUUACAUUUUACUAUCCUUUGUAUCUCAAGCUUUCUUUCAUAAUGAAGUUUAUCAUUGGUCUGAUGCCCUGUACACUUCAAUUUUUCAAGAGUACUAUUUCAAACGUCACUAUACUCUAUAUCAUUAUAUUUAUGUAGAUAAGCCUGCUCCAUUAUAAUGAAUACAAAAUGUCCUAGAUAUUAAGUUUUUAACGUAAUAUUAUCUUCUCAUACUGUUUUGUACUUUUUAAUGAAAUAUGACAUUUUCAUGCUGUUUUAUCAUCUCAACUCUUGUUGUAUUGUGGGAGUAGGAAUGGUUAUGGUUACCAGCUGUAUUAGACUAUUGGGUUGGCAAAGAAACAGUAAAAUUUGACCUCAAAAGCAUCUAUUUUGCAAAAAAAAAAAACUUUUUCCCAUAAUGUAAGGUCAUGUAAAAAUAUCAAAAAAAUAAAAUUAAUUAAAAUACUGUAACCUCAAAGAACCAAAGCUCUGAAUGUCCUCUAUUAUAAUAUUAUGUUAUUUUCAACAUAUUUUUUUAUAAAAUGAUCUCAUAUUUCGUCAUGCUUUGCAGUUAGCAAAAUGCAUUAAAAAUGAUCAUCUGAAAAUCUAACAAUAUUGAUAUUUCAUGCAGUAAUUGUAACUGAGUAACAUUCUAAUUUUGAUAUAUAAGGUAUGCUUAUAUCCUGGUUAUGAAAUGAGUACAUUUAAGUAAUUUGACCAAAACAUAUUUCUGUUAAUGACAUACUCUUCGGACCAGGACAAGACAUACUCUUUUGAUCAGAACUCAAUAGAAACUCUUUGGACCAGGAGUACAUACAUACUCUUAGAACCAGGACCCUUGGACCAUGAGUCAAGACAUGCUCUUAGAAUCAGGAGUCAAGACAUACUCUUAGAACCAGAUUCAGGCAGACUCUUAGAAUCAGAAUACAAGACAGACUCUUAGAACCAAGAGUCAGACAGAUUCUUAGAAUCAGGAGUAAAGACAGACUCUUAGAACCAGGAGUCAGACAAACUCUUAGAAUCAGGAGUAAAGACAGACUCUUAGAACCAGGAGUCAGACAGACUCUUUGGACCAGGAGUCAGACAAACUUUGGACCAGGAGUCAAGACAUACUCUUAGAAUCAGGAGUCAAGACAGACUCUUAGAACCAGGAGUCAAACAGACUUUGGACCAGGAGUCAAGACAUACUCUUAGAAUCAGGAGUCAAGACAGACUCUUAGAACCAGGAGUCAGACAUACUCUUUGGACCAGGAGUCAAGACAGACUCUUAGAAUCAGGAGUCAGACAGACCAUUAGAAUCAGGAGUAAAGACAGACUCUUAGAACCAGGAGUCAAACAGACUCUUAGAAUCAGGAGUCAGACGAACUCUUAGAAUCAGGAGUCAGACAGACCCUUAGAAUCAGGAGUCAGACAGACUCUUAGAACCAGGAGUCAGACAGACUCUUUGGACCAGGGGUCAGACGAACUCUUAGAAUCAGGAGUCAGACAGACCCAUAGAAUCAGGAGUCAAGACAGACUCUUAGAACCAGGAGUCAAACAGACUCUUAGAAUCAGGAGUCAGACAGACCCAUAGAAUCAGGAGUCAAGACAGACUCUUAGAACCAGGAGUCAAACAGACUCUUUGGACCAGGAGUCAAGACAGACUCUUAGAAUCAGGAGUCAAGACAGACUCUUAGAACCAGGAGUCAGACAUACUCUUUGGACAAGGAGUCAAGGCAUACUCUUAGAUUCAGGAGUCAGACAGACUCUUAGAAUCAGGAGUCAAGACCGACUUUUAGAACCAGGAGUCAGACAGACCCUUUGGAACAGGAGUCAAGACAUACUAUUUGGAACAAAAGUCAGACAGACUCUUUGGACCAGGAUUCAAGACAUACUCAUAGAAUCAGGAGUCAAGACAGACUCUUAAAACCAGGAGUCAGACAUACUCUUUGGACCAGGAGUCAGGACAUACUCUUAGAAUCAGGAGUCAGACAGACUCUUAGAAUCAGGAGUCAAGACCGACUUUUAGAACCAGGAGUCAGACAGACUCUUAGAAUCAGGAGUCAAGACAGACUCUUAGAACCAGGAGUCAGACAUACUCUUAGAACCAGGAGUCAGACAGACUUCUUGUACCAGACGUCAAGACAGUCUCUUUGGACCAGGAGUCAAGACAGACUCUUUGGACCAGGAGUGAAGACAUACUCUUUGAAUCAGGACAUACUCUAAGAAUCAGGAGUCAAGACAGACUCUUAGAACCAGGAGUCAGACAUACUCUUAGAAUCAGGAAUAAAGACAGACUCUUAGAACCAGGAGUCAGACAGACUCCUUGUACCAGGAGUCAAGACAGACUCUUUGGACCAGGAGUCAAGACAGACUCUUUGGACCAGGAGUCAAGACAUACUCUUUGGACCAGGAGUCAAGACAGACUCUUUGGACCAGGAGGGAAGACAUACUCUUUGAAUCAGGACAUACUCUAAGAAUCAGGAGUCAAGACAGACUCUUUGGACCAGGACUCAAGACAUACUCUUAGAAUCAGGAGUCAGACAUACUCUUAGAAUCAGGAGUAAAGACAGACUCUUAGAACCAGGAGUCAGACAUACUCUUUGGAACAGGUGUCAGACAGACUCUUUGGACCAGGAGUCAAACAGACUGUUAGAAUCAGUAGUCAAUCAGACUCUUUGGACCAGGAGUCACGACAUACUCUUAGAAUCAGGAGUCAAGACAGACUCUUAGAACCAGGAGUCAAACAUACUCUUUGGACCAGGAGUCAAGACAUACUCUUAGAAUCAGGAGUCAGACAGAUUCUUAGAAUCAGGAGUCAAGACAGACUCUUUGGACCAGGAGUCACGACAUACUCAUAGAAUCAGGAGUCAAGGCAGACUCUUAGAACCAGGAGUCAAGACAGACUCUUUGGACCAGGAGUCAAGACAUACUCUUAGAAUCAGGAGUCAGACAUACUCUUAGAAUCAGGAGUAAAGACAGACUCUUAGAACCAGGAGUCAGACAUACUCUUUGGAACAGGUGUCAGACAGACUCUUUGGACCAGGAGUCAAACAGACUCUUAGAAUCAGUAGUCAAUCAGACUCUUUGGACCAGGAGUCACGACAUACUCUUAGAAUCAGGAGUCAAGACAGACUAUUAGAACCAGGAGUCAAACAUACUCUUUGGACCAGGAGUCAAGACAUACUCUUAGAAUCAGGAGUCAGACAGAUUCUUAUAAUCAGGAGUCAAGACGGACUCUUUGGAACAGGAGUCAAGACAGACUCUUUGGAACAAAACUCAGACAGACUCUUUGGACCAGAAGUCAAGACAUACUCUUAGAAUCAGGAGUCAAGACAGACUCUUUGGACCAGGAGUCAAGACAGACUCUUUGGACCAGGAGUCAAGACAUACUCUUAGAACCAGGAGUCAAACAGACUCUUUGGACCAGGAGUCAAGACAGACUCUUAGAACCAGGAGUCAAACAUACUCUUUGGACCAGGAGUCAAGACAUACUCUUAGAAUCAGGUGUCAGACAGAUUCUUAGAAUCAGGAGUCAAGACAGACUCUUUGGAACAGGAGUCAAGACAGACUCUUUGGAACAAAAGUCAGACAGACUCUUUGGACCAGGAGUCAAGACAUACUAUUAGAAUCAGGAGUCAAGACAGACUCUUUGGAACAGGAGUCAAGACAGACUCUUUGGAACAAAAGUCAGACAGACUCUUUGGACCAGGAGUCAAGACAUACUUUUAGAAUCAGGAGUCAAGACAGACUCUUUGGACCAGGAGUCAAGACAGACUCUUUGGACCAGGAGUCAAGACAUACUCUUAGAAUCAGGAGUCAGACAUACUCUUUGAACCAGGAGUCAGACAUACUCUUUGGACCAGGAGUCAAGACAUACUCUUAGAAUCAGGAGUCAGACAGACCCUUAGAAUCAGGAGUCAAGAUAUACUCUUAGAACCAGAUUCAGGCUGACUCUUAGAAUCAGGAGUCAAGACAGACUCUUAGAACCAGGAGUCAGACGUACUCUUAGAAUCAGGAGUAAAGACAGACUCUUAGAACCAGGAAUCAGACAGACUCUUUUGACCAGGAGUCAAGACAGUCUCUUUGGACCAGGAGUCAAGACAGACUCUUUGAAUCAGGAGUCAGGACAUACUCUUAGAAUCAGGAGUCAAGACAGACUCUUUGGACCAGGAGUCAAGACAUACUCUUAGAAUCAGGAGUCAAGACAUACUCUUUGGACCAGGAGCCAAUAUGGAGAUUCAAUUACUAGUACUUAUUUUGAAAACAAGCUUUAUU